UUUGUUGCUGGAAACAAGGAGCAAGUUCUUUUCCCUGUCUCUGCUUCCUAAUGCCUCUUCAAAAGCUCUCAGCACUCAUAGAUGCCAUCUGCAAUUUUGUCAUCUGCAAUGACUCCUCCCUCCGCAGCCAGCCGAUCAUCUUCAAUCCCGACUUCUUUGUGGAGAAGCUGCGCCAUGAGAAGCCAGAGGUGUUCACAGAGCUGGUUGUCAGCAACAUCACCAGGCUCAUUGAUUUGCCUGGGGCAGAGCUGGCCCAGCUCAUGGGAGAGGAGGACCCAAAGCUGCCCGGGGCAAACAGCACAGCCUCUGGAUUUUUUCGUUCUCUGAUGUCUCUGAAGCGCAAGGAGAAGGGGGUGGUGUUUGGCUCGCCGCUGACAGAAGAAGGCAUUGCACAGGUUUCCCAGCUAAUCGAGUACCUGCACAAGAAUCUAAGAGCAGAAGGCUUGUUUCGAGUGCCAGGCAACAGCAUCAGGCAACAGAUCCUAAAGGAUGCUCUGAACAGUGGUACUGACAUUGACCUGGACUCUGGGGAGUUUCAUUCCAAUGAUGUGGCCACUCUACUUAAGAUGUUCCUGGGUGAAUUACCAGAGCCACUGCUGACACACAAGCACUUCCAUGCCCACCUCAAAAUUGCAGACUUGACGCUGUUUGAUGAGAAGGGGAACAAGACCAGCACUCCAGACAAAGAGCGCCAGAUCGAAGCCCUCCAGCUGCUGUUUCUGAUCCUCCCCGCUCCCAACCGCAGCCUGCUCAAACUGCUGCUGGACUUGCUCUACCAGACUGCCAAGAAGCAGGACAAGAACAAGAUGUCUGCCCACAACCUUGCCCUCAUGUUUGCACCCCACAUCCUAUGGCCCAGAAAUGUGACAGCAAAUGACCUUCAGGAAAAUAUCACCAAGCUAAACAAUGGAGUGACCUUCAUGAUCAAACAUUCUCAGAAACUCUUCAAGGCUCCAGUGUACAUCCGGGAGUGUGCCAGGCUGCACUAUCUGGGAUCCAGAGCCCACACAUCAAAGGACGACCUGGAUUUGCUGACGUCUUCUGGCUCCAAGGAGCUGCAGCCCCUCAAGUCUCAGAAGCGAAGCCGGCUGGACUCCUGCCAUCAGGAGGAGACCCAGCAGCGCACCGAGGAGGCACUGAAGGAGCUCUUCCUGCACGUCCACAAUAUGCCUGACUCUGCAAAGAAGAAGAAGCUUAUCCGGCAGUUUAAUAAGCACCCAGCUGCUCUGACUCCUGGCUCUGAUGUGCCCACGUCCCCAGCACCACGACGCACCCGCUCGCGCUCUUUCAGCGGCCUCAUUAAGCGGAAAGUUUUGGGAACUCCAGUUAUCCUGGAGAGGAAGAGCAGGGAUUCCACUCCAGAGCCUGUGCGGGUCAGCAAAGAGAACGUCCAGCUGUUACAGAAAUGUGGCUCUCCAGCUCAUAUGUCCCAGGCCAAGCUGAAGUCUUUGGAAGGCCAGAAAGAGGGAUCCUGCAGACGCAUGCGAGCCCGCCUGCUUUCCAAGGAUUCCUCCUCCCUCUGAACCGCCUGGCGCCAGCGCAUGGAUGGGGAUGGCCCCGUCUCACAAGCUGUGAAUGUGCUGCACUGAGAGGGGAGUGCUGCAGGCUCACAGCAUCCCUCACCACACAGCAGCACUCCUGAGACUGGACCUUUGCAAGGAUUGCAGGGAUUUGUUUCUGUAUAUAAGUUACAUUUCAUUCUACUAUGGGGCAAACCACUAUCUAACCAAAACCUGUGCAGCAUGUCUGACCUGCUGGCUCUGGGAAGAGCUGGAGUGCUUGCUUACAAGGAGAGCCCUGUUCAUUGCAGGGCCCUGUGUGCACUCCCAGCUUUCUUGUAAUGUUGCUAGGCUGUAUUUUUUUGCUUUUCUGCUCCGAGUUUUUAACAUGUUGGCUUGUUUUUGCUUCCUUCCCCCUGUUAGCAGUGAGAAUGAUGGGCUGUAACCCUUACCCACAUCCUGACAUCCAAGCUUGCCUCCAGUCCUCCUCUGGAAGCAUUCCCUUCUCUGCUGCUUCUUCUUGGUUCCAUUUUGCUCUGCUGUUUCCCAGGGGCUGAAGUGCACGAACGGUACAGGGCAUGGGAUGGGCCUGGAAGGAGAGGCUCUGGAUGCCAUCUUUUCAACUAGGGCCAGGGGAAAGCAGCUUCCCCAAUAAAGUCAUCCCUCUAUUUUAUCUUGAGCUGGAGGUAGCCCUUGCUCACUGCCCUCAUGUUUCAGUGGCACAGUUCUGAACCAGGAGUCUUAGCUUUGUGUUCACUCAGAGAGGCUUAAGCUGAGGAGAGCAGGAAGCUGGCAAAGGCUGUCUGGGGCAGAACAGCCUAAUCUUUGGAAGUUAAGGUGCCUGGGGCAGGCAGAGUCUUGUGGCUGUGUGUGAAAAACAGUGUGAGAGGUGAGAGAGGGCUCCAUCCUUUUGUGAUCUGCUGCAAAUGGUGCCAAAGGCUUUGGCUCAAGAGAUGUGGAUGGCUGGUAGGGCAAGUGGCUGAUUAGUCAUUAAACUGGGGGAAAGGGCUGAAGCUGGGUUCAGCACUUUGGUCUGAGCUGCAGAAAUGAGAUGAAACCUUCUAGAUACAGGAUAAGCCCCAAUCACAGCUGGCCCAUGUCAGUGGUCUCAUUAAGCCAAAGUGCUCCAGUAAGCCAGUCUUGCCAAGAACCUGUCUGCAAGCACUCUGAGGUAGGAGACACACAGGGUAGCUACUGUGAAAUGAAGAUUUAAUCAGCUGGGGGACCAUCUAAACACUUCUCAGCCCUUCUCAGCAAAGUAAAUAAUCUCUGGAAUCCAAUUAUAUUUGUCUUCUAAUCUUUAAGAACCAGCAGCCAGCAGGAGUUAGAGCUCUGCUCUUGACAGCUUUCUGAAACAACUGGUGGCAGGAGGUGUGAAUAUUGGGAUAUGAGCAGGGAGUUCAGUCUGAUUGGCUGGAGCUGUCAGAACAGGGCAUUGGAGCCCUGUGCAACUUAGCUGGAAUUUGUCACUUUUUUAAUGGUGAUUUUUUUUUUUAAGAUACAAAUCCUUGUGCUGCUCAGUACAAAAGGGUGGUUUUUGGUACUUUAUCAGGGAUGCUUGUCCCCAGUCUGACCCCAAGUUGGAGCCUUGAAAAUAUAGGGGGUGGGGGGACUGUAGAUGUGUGAGUUGGGAGUUGCUGGUGUUAGGAGCCUCUGUCACAGCAAAGAAAGAGCUGUGGUUCUUCAGGGACCAGACUGAUGGUGAUGCUGUGAGGAAGGGCAGAGGCUGUUUGCUGUGGUAGUAGUAUGUGUUUUUGGAUGUGUCAGUAAUCAUUCCCUCCAGAGGCUGAAGCUGUCUGUGUGCUUUUCUCCAAAGGGCACCGUGUUUUUCUGACUGCACUUCUGCCCUGUCCCUGCAGCC